AUUUAGUACGGACAGGAGAAGAGAGAGCGGUCCUUUUAAGUUUUAAUAUAUAAAAUCGAAAAGUCGUCUAAUUUUCCGCCAGUUUUAAAGUGGAGGGAGCUAAACCCUCUGCGCGAAGCUUUUUCUUUCAAUUUCCCCCAAAUUUUCGAAAUCGAAGGCAUGGCGGAAGAAGCGUCGGCGUCGGAAACCUCAGCUAGGGAAGUGAAAGGAACCCUAGAAACCCAGAACUCCGAGGAGGCCACCAUACAGUCCAUUCCUUUGGGAGGCACGGAAUCCACUUGCAACAAUAUUGAUGGCGACAACAAUAAUAGCAAUGGCGCAGAAACUUCCGCUACGACCUCCUCCGAGGGUGACCGCGAGAAGUCCCUGGAGUUCGCCGUUGAGCUGACGGAGAAAGGAUCCAAAGCCCUUAAAGACGGUGAUUUCUUUGAGGCCACCGAAUGCUUCAGCCGUGCCCUGGAGAUCAGGGUUGCACAUUAUGGUGAACUUUCUCCUGAAUGUAUCACUGCGUACUAUAAAUAUGGACGUGCACUUCUGUACAAAGCUCAAGAGGAGUCUGAUCCAUUGGCUACUGUGCCGAAGAAGGAAAGUGAAUCUGAACAAGACUCUGCUAAAGAUGGAUCUGCUAAGAAUGCCGUAAAUGGUGAAUCUACUGCAGCUUCUGUUUCUAGUAAUGCUGAAAAUGAUGCAAGUCUGAAUGAUCAGGAAGGAGCACCGGAUGAUGUAUCUGGUGGGAAAGACAAGGAUGAAGAUGAUGAGGAUAGCGAUGUUGAGGAAGAGGCUGCUGAAGCUGAUGAUGAUGACUCUGACCUGGAUUUGGCAUGGAAAAUGCUUGAUGUUGCCAGAGCAAUUUCUGAAAAGCAAUCUGGUGACACAUUGGAGAAAGUGGAUAUAUUAUCAGCUUUGGCUGAAGUUGCAUUGGAAAGAGAGGACAUCGAUACUUCUCUUGGUGACUAUGAAAAAGCACUAUCUAUUUUAGAGCGUUUGGUUGAACCUGAUAGCCGACAACUAGCCGAACUAUAUUUCCGUAUUUGUUUAUGCUUGGAGAUCGGCUCUAAGCCUCAGGAAGCCAUUCUAUAUUGCAAAAAAGCAUUAUCAGUUUGUAAGGUUCGGGUUCAGCGACUCAUGAAUGAAGUGAAGAGUUCUCCAGAUUUAGAUAAGGGUCUCCAGCAAACUUCUGCUACGUCCCAGUCUAGUAGUUCCGUGUCAAAUAAACAAGAAGAGAUUGAAACACUAACUGGCCUCUCUGCUGAUCUGGAAAAGAAGCUUGAAGAUUUGGAGCAGCUUGCAGCAAAUCCUAAAUCAAUUCUUUCUGAAAUCCUGGGAAUGGCAGCUGCCAAAGCAAAAUGUGGUGAAAAAGGAGCAUCUUCAGUGCAGGUGGGUAGUGCUAAUAGCAAUGUAGGUUUCGACUCCCCAACUGGUUCCACUGCUCACACCAAUGGGAAUGGAUCUACUGGGGUUACACAUCUCGGUGUAGUAGGCAGAGGUGUCAAGCGAGUGUUAAUGACCUCUGGCACAGCAGAAUCAACCCCUGCGAAGAAACCUGCUACAGAUUCGUCAGAUGACAAAGGUGACGGUGAAACCUCUUGAAGUGCUGGAUUCAGUGAUUUUUGUAUGAAGAAACUUGUUUUGGAUUCAUUACUAGAGUAUGGUGACUCCUGAUGGUAAACUUUUAUCAUUUCCAAUAUUGAAAUUUCCAAAAUUGACCAGUUAGUUGUGUAGUUUUUAUUGUUGUACGUUAUAUGCGUUUCCCUUAUCAAUAUAUCUGUCACUAACUUUGGAUGGAUAUCCUUUAUAUUAUCUAGCUAUGGUAUACCGUCAGGGACUCGGGGCCAGUCCAACUGUAUCCGUGGCCUUAGGUUGGAAAAAAAAGGGAAAAAAAAAAAAAUGCCUUUUAAAUAGAAGUGUUUCUAUGUAAAUAAUAUUAAUUAUUUUGUGUUAAAGAUAUUAUAUUAUUAUAGUAA